GGUAAGGUAAGGCGAUUGUUACGACUGCGGGGAAGAAAGAAUCAUCCCAUCAACUGUAAACGUGGAGGAAGAUAAAAGAAGUCAUGAAGUUGGUCCCCCCCCUAGCAGAACAGAGCAAAAGCUUCUUCAUUCUUGACUUUUUCUUAUGCUGUUGCUACUGCUACUGAUCAUAAUCGGCCACCAACAGACAACAGGUAAGCUCAAACAAUAUCUCUAAUCUAUCUGAGGUGUUGUCAUCAACCUUGCUUCUAAUCCCAGUGAAUAUUAGCUUAUCACACAAACGACAGAUCCACCUUGUGAUGAUCGUUACUGGUUAAUGCGUUCGCAUAUUACCACUUUGCGGUUUCUGUGCUUUAAUUUGUUUUUAAGAUGAUGUGUGAACGAAAAAUUGGCUUUUCGGUUUUCUCGUGGUGUCAGGCUUAGUCAACUGGUGAUAUAUACUGUUAUGAAUACGACCCAGUUGAGAUUUCAGUUUCUGUUCUAGCUUGCCUUCUAUCACCACCCCUAAUUUGAGGGUUAGGGUUUUGAGACUGCGUUCCAAGAAUGAACAGUUCAGGUUUAGGUGGUGGUUUUUUGUCUGGUCCCAGUGGGGGAAUUUUGGACUUGGAAUCUCCAUUUCAUAGACACCAACAGACCCAGUUGGGUCAUCCUUCAGUGACUGGUCAACAGCACAUGAAUAUUAUGAGUGGUCUCGAAAAGGAUCAUCCCAUUGGCCUAAUUGAAGUGAAAAGUUUGAAUGCAUCAUUGAAUUUUGGAAAAGGAAAGGCAAUUGCUCCUUCUAAUCCUGCCAAUAGUAAUGAUUUGAGUGAAGAUGAUGAGCCGAGCUAUACGGAAGAUGGGAAUUGCGAGAACUUGGAUGGUGGGAAGGGCAAAAAGGGGUCUCCUUGGCAGCGAAUGAAGUGGACAGACAAUAUGGUUAGGCUUCUUAUAGCGGUGGUGAGUUGUGUGGGUGAUGAUGGCACAAUUGGUGGCAUGGAUGGUCUUAAAAGGAAAUCUGGGUUUCUACAAAAGAAGGGCAAAUGGAAAACAGUCUCCAAGAUAAUGAUAGGCAAGGGUUGCCACGUGUCUCCGCAGCAGUGUGAGGACAAGUUCAAUGACUUAAAUAAGAGGUACAAGAGGUUAAAUGACAUACUUGGAAGGGGAACUUGUUGUCAAGUGGUUGAGAAUCCUGCACUUAUGGAUUCAAUGCCUAACCUGUCAGCGAAAGCUAAGGAUGAUGUUAGAAAGAUAUUGAGCUCAAAACACUUGUUCUACAAGGAGAUGUGUGCCUACCAUAAUGGGCAAAGGAUACCAAAUUGUCAUGAUCUGGACUUACAGGGCUAUUCUAUGGAGCAUGGGAGGGACUCAAGAGAGAAUAAUGGCUCUGAGGACGAAGACGAGGAUAACAAUGAAAGCGAGGAUGAUGAGUUGGAAGAUGAAAUUAAUAUUAAUGCACAUGAGGAUGGAGGGAGGAUGGAGGAGCUCUGUGAUAGAAAUAAAUUAAGUGAGGAGGAUGGCCAUUUUGGCCCACAAUCUGUUCGAAUGGAUAAAUUUGAGGUUGAAAUGGCAAGGGUUUUUCAAGACCCCACAAAGUCAUCAUAUGAACGAAGAGAGUGGAUUAAGAUACAGAUGUUGCAGCUUCAAGAGCAAAAUAUCGGCUACCAAGCCCAAGCUCUUGAACUUGAGAAACAACGGUUUAAGUGGUUAAGAUACUGCAGCAAGAAGGACAGGGAGCUGGAAAGGCUGAGGUUGGAGAACAAGAGGAUGAAAUUAGAAAAUGAGCGCUGGAUCUUGAAACUGAAACAGAAAGAACUUGAGACAGAUUUCAGUACAUCUGAUAUGUCAUUAGAUCCUGCCCCUCUUGGGAACCAGCCACAAGGAAGGGAACAUAUCAACUUAGGCAGACAGCAGUAGCUCCUACUCAGAAAUGAUCUGUCGUCAUUGCUUAAUCGACUGGUGUGACAUUAGCAACUGGGCUGCAAAGCAUAAAUUCAUUUGGAAUGUGAAGAAACAAACGUUUUGCUGAACUAGUUGUGCUCUUUACCUCAUUUAAUCCUUAUAAUAUUGGUAUGUAGGAUUUUGUUGGUGACACAGAAAUGGAAGGAUAUUGCUCUAAAGCACUUGAGCCUUUAUUGGUCAACCUUGAUGGGGGUUUAACUUCUCUUUUGCCAAAAUGGUAACUGUGUUACAGUGGUAGCCACAUACCACAUGCGUGAUAUAAUUUUUGGCUUUAUAACUGUAUACUAUACGCAAAUAAUUAUGCGAACUCGGGGGAAAAAAGGUUGGCAACAUCCCUGGUUGUGGGUGUAUUUCAUCGAUUUUGUUGUAACUUGUUAGAUUAUGUAGCAACAUGAAGCAGUCGUGGUUCAUUUUUAGCUAUAUAUUAUCCAAAGCACCAUCAUGAAAGCUUUCACUUAAUCUUUGAAAACUUCAUUUGUUUCCUUUUUUAUGAUUGAACAAUCAAGUACGCCAUUUCCUUCCCCUGUUUCGGUCUACGUUUUUGUCGUCAACAUGGAAUUGUUAUUUG